AUGCGUGAAACGGUCAACACAUAUACCUUGCCGCCACGUCUUGCAGUUCGCGGCGAGAGGCGCUGCAGUGAAAUAGUUCUUACACCCUCCACUAUAUUAGAGCGGUUGGAGAUAAUAUUUCCCCCAAAACGAGCAGCGGAAGAAGUAAAAGUAGCCCGUGCCGUCCACAACGCCGAUGAUAUCAAUAAGAGGGGCCCGAUCCCGUUAGGUACUCGUGACAGUGCACGAAGCCAUGCAUUUAUUACGGUUGGCCGACUGCGCGCGUGCUGCCAACCGAUCCCGUGGGAGCGCGUCCAGUUGCAAAGAGUUAGCACCUCCAUUCAAGCGGAAUGUGGAGAAAAGAAGGUCAGCGAUUUCAACAGUAGGAUCACUGGGGGGUCGAAUGGCGUUCCAAAGAUAUUUGUUACCCCCGCCGUGUACAAUAUUUUCAUUCCACCACGUUUCCUUCUUCCGGACAGCCAAAUGACGAGAAGAUGCCAAACGGGUAUGGCACGUGCUGUCAUGGAAGACGGCGGCUUCCUGCGGGAGUUCGGUGGUUUCCGCCGCUCUGAUAAAGGGUGGCCUCACCGCGGCGGCAUCAUCGCCAGCCGCAACAAGAGUAACAGCACCAAGCGCCAUUCCGAGAAGGAAAAGAAGAUGUCAAACCACCCCGUAUGGCUUCAACAUGUUGCGGUGCUGCACCACAUUCCGGGGUUGACCGAUCCCGGCACGGAGACGUUGAACUUGAAAGACUUUGCUUCUCACAUCCGUCGACAGCAAAGAAACGGUGAGCUGUCGUGUCCACACUGCCUAUCGCACCAAAACUCCGCUGCUGACACCCCGUUUAGGACUCACAAAGGCGGGGAUAACUUUUCAUCUGGCGCUGAUGAGGCAGAAAGGGAACCAAGGUUCGCAUCCAGCGAUAGUGUGGGUGUGGGCGUGUGGAUCAUCCGCCCUUGCUGUGAGAGCACAUUUUUUGCGCUUCGCUUCAAUACAGGAACGGAUCACCAUGAGUGGCUGUGCAAGCCACAUACCACAUUGUGGCCACAAACUGAAGAAGCAACAAUAGGGCAUCGUACCAGUGUCGCUGACGCGGCACGUGAUGCUGUUGCACCCCUUUUGUGGGCACGGCAGUCGUUGUGUCGCACGUUGCGCGCUAAUUUUUUCCCACAAAGUCAAGCAAAGGGCGCCCUAAUGGGGUCACUUUCCACUAUUUUAUAUUAUUAUGCUUCCGGCACCGCAUUAACCGCUUCUGAGAAGUUAGUUGUUGCUGAGCAGCUACUAGAAACAACCAAUAUGCAGCCACAGCAAGGCUCUCGUGACCACCCUCACACGAAUCACCUCCGCUUCCUGAGCUGCGGUGCGUCGCAGCGUAAAGAGAGUAGAAAUAGCAAACAGUUGCAGAACAGCGGGGAGGUGCAAUCUUCUGAUGGCGUACUCAAACUGGCUGAGGUGUGGGCACCGCUGCCGAGGUCGUCGUUUCUACUCCGUGGGCGUCGCGUAACCGAGUCACCACAAGCGCUAGCGGAAGCAAUGAAAUAUGGCCUGCUCCGCGUUUUUUGGUGA